UUGGGUGUGUCAAUUCAUCAAUUGCUGUAAACAAAAUUUUAACUUUUUAGUUUAUAUUACAGAAUACUUUAAACUGCCUACAAAAUGUUUCGAAUAUGUUUGCUGAGCAUAUUUAUAUACCUGUUGCAAUGGAAGUAUAUAGAUGCUCAACAUCACUAUGAAUAUGAACGACAGGUUAAAAACAUGAUUUGGUGCACGAAAUCACUUGAGGAACAAUAUAAAUGUCAAAACUUGACUGUUGCUAUUGAACGGGAUCGAGCGAUAUUCGAUGAUGCUUAUCUGAAUCUCACAUGUUUUUUGGGUUACAGUGCGGAUGAGUGUAUUCACCAUAUUGAUCAUGAGAAAGCACACGUAACAACACUUGAUGCUGGCGAUGUUUUCACAGCUGGUAGAUACAAUUCUCUAGUACCUAUAAUGCAAGAGAAAUUUACAGGAGGAUUAGCCAAUUAUCAUGCUGUCGCUGUUGUCAAAAAAGAUACAUUGCAAGAUGUUUACAGUUUAAGGGAGUUGCGGAAUAAACGUGCCUGUUUCCCGUGGGUGGGUAGCAUGGCCGGAUGGAUUGUGCCCAUAUAUACGCUGCAACGUGAGGGUGGUAUGGAAGUGGUUGACUGUAACAAUCAAGUGAAAACCGCUGCCAAUUACUUUAAUAACUCGUGUGCCGUUUACUCAUUAAUUAACAAAUAUAAUCCGAUUGGAGAUAAUUCUGAUAAACUAUGUACCCUAUGUACGGGUAAAAUACCUGGUGGUAGAUGUACUGCGAGGGAUCCGUACUAUGGCUACGAUGGUGCAUUCCGUUGUCUCCUCGAAGCUGGUGAAGUGGCUUUUCUACGUGAUUCAACAGUCAUGGAAAUGUUACAAACUAAUGAAUUCGGUAGUUUAUCACCUGAUCGUUUCGAACUGCUUUGUCGUGAUGGGCGUCGGGUGGCUGUUAGCGAAUACCGCCAAUGCCACUGGGGUGUGAUUCCUUCGGAUGCAGUAGUCACAUCCUCUGCGCGGAAUUCAUUUGAACGAAAAAAGUUUCAACAAUUUUUAAGACGUGUAAUUGAACUGUAUUCAGAUGCUCUACGAGAAGAAGCCAAAGAGCAAAGUAUACGAUUAAAUGGCGAAGCGGGAAAUAAUUUCAAUUACAAUACGAAUAACAACGAUCAAUAUGGUAACACUUAUGGUGGAAAUAACAAUAAUCAGUAUAACUCGAAUAACCCAUACGACACGUCCAAUGCAUACAACCGCAACCCAUACGAUAAAUUUGAUAAUGGUAAUAGCGGUUUUCGCAACGAUCGUUUGGACUCCAGUUUCACAACAGAUCGCAAUUAUCCCGAAGGUACGAACGAGACCAUUUUAUAUGAAAAAUUCCGAAUCUUUGAGUCACGUCGACACGGCAAAGCAAACCUUAUGUUCCAGGAUUCCGCACGUUCGUUAUUAGUAAUUCCUGAAGAUGAUCAAUCAUUUAGCAAAUAUUUGCAAAGCACAACCACAUACAUCUAUGGCAUACGUGAUUGUCCAGUACCCAGCAUGACAUUGUGUGUAACAUCCGAUCCUGAACUGGAGAAAUGUAUUAAAAUGAAGAUUGCUUUAAAGGCGCAAAUUUUGAAACCUGAGCUGAUAUGCAAAAAGAUGCAUUCACAUAUCAAUUGCAUGCAAUGGAUCCAAUCCGGAAAGGCUGAUAUCGCUGUGUUUGAUGCAGGCGAUGUAUAUACUGGUGGAUUAAACUAUGAAUUGAUACCUUUCAUGUCUGAGGUAUACAAUUUGGGCGAACCAGAGUAUUAUGUUGUGGCCGUUGCGAAAGAAGAAGAUCCGGACACCGAACUUACAUAUCUAAAGGGAAAAUACACGUGUCACACUGGCAUUAACACCGCUGCCGGUUGGACCUACCCAAUGGCCUUUCUUAUUUCAAACGGCUGGAUACGUCCAUAUGGUUGCGAUUCAGUACGUGCUGCCGCUGAAUAUUUCACAAAAUCUUGUUUACCUGGCGCUAUUAGUAAUGAAUAUAAUACCGGAGUACCCUACGAUAGCAUGUGCGAUCUCUGUCAUGGCACAAGUUAUCGUUAUUGUAGACGCGAUGCAUCCGAAGACUAUUAUGGUCACACCGGUGCAUUCCGUUGCCUUGUGGAAGGUGGCGGACAUGUUGCGUUCAUGAAGCAUACCACUGUUAUGGAGAGCACGGGUGGCAAGCGUAAAGAGUGGUGGGCACGAAAUGCGCUCAACGACGAUUUUGAGCUACUUUGCACAGACGGUACACGCGCUGAGUUGCAUGACUAUAAAAAAUGUAACUUGGGUAAAGUUAAAGCAAAUGCAAUUGUAACCCGUGGCGGUGUCAACUACAAUCAGACUCAAAUCAAUGCAUACAUUAAUUUACUAACCUAUGCCCAACAACUGUAUGGACGCAAGAAUCUGGAUACGUUUAGCUUCAGUAUGUUCUCCUCACCGAUGGGCUAUUACGAUCUAAUCUUCCAAGACGCAACACGCCAACUACGUGUCAUACCACCCAAUCAACGGCGCUACGACACCUACCUUGGCAGCAACUUUAUGCGUGCGCGACGUAUCACUGACUGCUAUGCUGGUGCUGCGCAAUUAAUGGUGUCUCUGCCACUUUUCUUUAUGAUAUGUGCUUUUCUGUUGGGCUUUUGAGAAGCAAAUGAUUCCAUUCUAAAUUAUGGUAUUUUUAAAGUAAUUCCAAAAUAGUUCAAAAAUUGACACUUUUAAAACAAAUACCUUAGAUUAAGUAUAAUGAUGGAAUGAAUUGUCACAUCUUACGAAAUGUGACCUUUGACAUUUAUACGAAUAAGUUUUACAAAACAAUGUACGCAGUGCAUUUUGCAACAAAAGCACAAAAUGUAGAUUCUUUAUAAAAUUGCACACUUAUGUAUCUCGGAUAAGCAAAUUAUUGUCCAUAUAUAUUCUCGAAUAGUUAGUAAGCGGAAACAUAUAUACCUUGUUGGUCAGUGCCUUACAUUAAA